GCCUCAUUAUGCCCUCACCCUAAUGGCUCACGCAGCUGCACGUCAUGGCAUCAGGCGGCAUCUAUUUGCUAAGGUAAAGCAGCAAGUAUGGCUGUCAGCCAUCUCCUUAAGUGUCAAAACGUUGUCACGUUAGUUCAGUUAUAAAGAUUAGCGGGCUGACAGCAUGGACAACAUCAGGGAUGGAUGGUUUACGGAGACAUGUACGUUGUGGCCCGGGCAAGCUACGAGUCUAGAAGUGGACGAGGUCCUGUACCACAAGAAGUCCAAAUUUCAAGACGUGUUGGUGUUCAAGAGUAAAACAUACGGCAACGUGUUGGUGCUGGACGGAGUGAUUCAAUGCACGGAGAGAGAUGAGUUUGCGUAUCAGGAAAUGAUUGCCAACCUCCCUCUGUACAGCCAUCCUUGUCCCAAGAAGGUUCUCAUUAUUGGUGGCGGAGAUGGUGGCGUGCUGAGGGAAGUGGUGAAGAAUCCUCUGGUAGAAUCAGUAGUUCUCUGUGAGAUUGAUGAGGACGUUAUUAACGUCUCCAAGAAGUUCCUCCCGGGCAUGGCCAAAGGGUUCUUUAGUCCCAAACUUACCCUCCAUGUCGGAGAUGGCUUUGAGUUUAUGAAGCAAAACCAAGAUGCCUUCGAUGUUAUUAUUACCGAUUCAUCUGAUCCUGUUGGCCCCGCUGAGAGUUUAUUCAAGGAGAGUUACUAUCAACUGAUGAAAACGGCAUUGACAAAGGGCGGGAUUCUUUGCUCCCAGGGAGAGUGUCAAUGGCUCCAUUUGAAGCUAAUUAAAGAAAUGCACACCUUCUGCAAGACCUUAUUCCCAGUGGUGGACUACGCGUAUGGCACCAUCCCAACUUAUCCCAGCGGCCAAAUUGGAUUCAUGCUCUGCAGUAAGAAUCCCGAGACACAUUUCCAGAGCCCAGUUAAAGAACUAUCAAAAGAAGAGCUGGAAAGCAUGGACCUGAAAUAUUACAACACGGAAAUCCACAAAGCAGCAUUUGUCCUCCCUGAGUUCGCAAGAAAGGUCCUCGAAGCGUGAUUGGCCACAUCAGAGCUAAGUGUUCAUGCAUGAUCCACAGUCCACGGAAAAUCAACUGCAGUUUUCUUGGUCCUCAACAGUCAAUAUUUCAAGCUGUUCUCUGAUAAGAAAAGGUCCUUUUAUAUUAUAGCUGUAUAGCUUGAGUCAACAUUCAGAAUCAUGGAGAUGCUUCGCUUUCCUUUCUUUGUCUUAAACACAACCAGUGUUUAUUUCUGAUAUGCUCAUGUUAUCUCUAACAUGUUGUCUCUACCAAUUGUGGACCGGACUGGGCCUCGGCUCACACCAUCCAACCUGACCUCAUGCUGAAGGCCUGUUUGUACUGUUCAACUCCAUCAUUCUUGUGUAAUACAGUAUAUUGCUGUACUUUCAUCAGAAAUGUUCUUUGCUCAUAGGAAAGUCAGCACAUUUUGUUGGCAUACAUUUUUUAAAAUUUAAGUGUGUCUCGUUUGGUUAAUUGUUGCAAAAGGGUUCUGUGUGUGUGUAUCAAAAUAAGACAUUUGAAGUGAGUUACAAAACUGUCCCUUUAAGAACAACUCUCUGAUUCUCUGCAUUGACCAUGACUCUGUUAUGGAAGAUAUACUUCAUAUUUAGUAGAAAUGUUUUUUUUACCAUACUAAUCAAUAUGCAAUGACUGGGGUAGGUUCAUUGAAAAAAGCUUGCUCUGUCUUAAGUCUUACUGCUGGAUGCUAUCCUUUUAAUUAGCUAACAUUUACAGCAGUUUGUGAUCCAUGUUUUGGUCGUGAAAGGAAAUUGUUUUUAUAAAACCCACUAACUGUAAUAAAUCUGUUUACAUUUGA